CAGUCAAACAGCCCGAGCGAGCCGCCUAGCGUGUGGAAUACAAAUCCCAAAAUAAUUUUAAUAAUAAAAUUGCGAUAAAUUGAAAAAUAUCGAAAGUAAAUACAGAACUAGCUGGCAAAACUAAAUUAAAUAUAUCAGUGCUAAAUUCAUAAAAAAUAUAAAUGUGCAUGAGUAUAAACCCGAGCACGUGUGCGGCGGCAACUUAAAAAAACCCACUUCAGUGUAAAUGAAGAAAAAAACUUAGCUCGUGCAAAAUAGCAGCAGCAGCGACAGCGUCGACGACGACGACAACAGUGUUUGUCUCUGCCGCGCGUUUCUGCUUUCGUACCUGUAAUUGUGUGUGUGUGUGUGUUUGAAAAAUAAGGAGAACAAUAAAAUAUACAAACAGCUAUAAAGCACAUUGGAAGCAGCAGCAGCAGCAACAACAACAACAAUACGAAUGCACACGGCAAAAGCAACGUAAAACAAACAGCAAAAAAAACAAAAUCAGCUGACUCGUGCGCAGCCAGCAACAACAAGAGGAAAAGGAAAGCUCACUCUCGCGGCAAAGAGAGCACACAAUUGCAUCCUGACUAUAACGGAAGCUUGCGCUCGCACAUUUCCGCAUCCUACGACGACUCCAUUUCGUUGAGAACAUCGCGACCUUUCGAAGUUCGAAAGCGCGCCACUCACCGCAUACGUAGUUGUGUGUCUGUUUGUGUAUUUGUGUGUGUGUGUGUGUGCCUGUCACAUGCGCGCUCAGCCAGCAUAGGCAGAGGCAGAGGCAGCGACGAAAGCGACACCCACGACGCAGACGUCGCCGAAGACAGCAACGAACAGCCACAGUCACAGUCGCAGUCGUCAAACAGCAGCAGCAGCGAAAGCAGCAAGCCAUACACGAAAAGCGCAGCGAUUCACACGUCUGGCGUCGUUGAGCGUAAAAGCACAGUUAGUAGCAAAAUACAAAAAAUUUCGGUGAACCAAAAAUAUAUACCUAUAUACAUAUAUAUUUAAAAUAAACAAGGACAACACUCAACACGUUUUAAAACGCCCACAAAACGCGCAAGAAACGCGCGCGCGUGCCCGUCAGAAUCAUCGGAAAAUUAUCAGAUAAAUAAUACAAAAAGAAAAGUUGUGCCCAAUUAUUUUGCAAAACCUGCUCGUGUGCUAUUGUGUGUCAGCGUGUGUGCGCGUGUGUGUGUCUGGGCGUGAGUGUGUGUGUCUGUGUGUUGGUGCGCUGUCAACAUUUUUCAUCGAUUUUCCUCGUGCUACGCUCUACGCUGUGCUUUGUGUUUUGCGCGCCGCCCCCUCGUCCUCGCCCACGCCCUUGCCAUCAGGCAACGUCGUUUACUCGUUCGGCGCGCGACUCAAGUCGUCCUGUUCCUGUCGUGUUUGGCUCAAGCCAGCGCGCGCGCUCCACACACCAUCACCACCACCCCCAGCAGCAGCAGCAGCAGCAGAAGCAGCAACAACAACUAUAAUAAUAAUAUCAUCAUCAUCAUCAACAUAAUUAACAGCUGUCUCUGUCGCACGCCGGCGAUUAUAUUUUCGUUAUAUUUUGCAAAUACAUAAUUGCAAUAAUUGUUGUUGUUGUUGUCGUUAUUAAUUAUUUAAAACUCAAACUGAACUGUUCAAACUGUUUAUGCCAUAUUAGUGCUUUAAAAACUGUACAAUAAUGCAAUAUUUAAAUAAAAUUUAGUAAAAAACUUCGAUGCCAUUAUUUUCUAAACCUGUCGAACAGAUAAAUUAAAAAAACAGAACUCAACUAAAAAUAAAGAACAAUUUAAAUCAGCAGAAGUAAUUAAAAUAUAUACGAAUAUAUAUAAAACGCAUCACUGUCGCGGCAUUUUUCAUGCACGAGGAAGACGCGCGCAAGAAGGUCUUUAAAAAUAGCGCAAUUAGCCAAUAAAAAUAAAAUAGAAUUACAACAACAAAAAGAGAAGCUACUACUACCACAACUGAAAGCAACUAAAAAGUAACCAAAAAGUAAUGGUAGAAACCUUGAAAACGAAACUAAACUAAAUUUAUAGUAUAAAUCAAACACACAUCAAACUAUAAUUCGAGCAGAUUUCUUUUAAAGUGUUUCACAAAACACAUUUGUUGUUAAUAAAACAAAAAAUUGUUGAAUGAAUUCGCGGUGCCUUUAUUUAUAGCCAAAACAGCUAAACAGCAGCAUAAAUACCUAAGCAUAACAAAUACAUACACAGCAUAAAAUAUAUACAAAAAAUAUAUAUAUUAGCAAAUAAUAUAAGUUUAAAUAUCCAUGCCUAUAUAGCAAGCAAUAAACGUGCAAUACUUAAUGUUUAAUUAAAUUAAAUUAAAAUUAAAAACCACAAAAAUACAAAUUCAUUUUCAAUUGUGAUUCGAGGCGCAUACUAAACGCUAACAAAACGCAAAGUUAACGCACGCAAACAAAUCAAAAUCAAAAGCAGAAGCUGAAGCAGAAGCAGUGAAGAAGAGGGAGAGUGAGAAAAAAGUGAGCCAAGUUGUUGUUGUUUACAUUUUUUUCUCGUCGUUAUUGUUGUGAAUCCUAAAAUUAAAAACAAAGCACCAACAAGCCAAAGUUGUUAAGCAAAAGAGAGAAAAAAAGGCAAAAAAGUCUACAAUUUAAACUAUAUUUCAAAUAUUUCGUGUAUAAUCACAAAAUUGACAACAUUUUUAUGAAAAAAUGAGCGACAGGGAGCGAUCGUCCCCAACACUGAUCGAAACUGGUUUAAAAAACUUAAUUGGCGGCCGUGAUGGAAACUAUCCACUGAUCAGCGGCAUAAAUGGCAGGAAAUCUCCAUUUUUGGGUUUCAUUUGCAAAGCAAACGGCAAAUCCACAUCGAAUAGCAAAGAAAUCAUCUGUCCAGAUGAUAAAUACAAAGAGGAGGGCGACAUUUGGAAUGUUGAGGCGCAAACAGCGUUCCUGGGUCCCAACUUGUGGGACAAAACAUUGCCCUAUGAUGCUGACCUCAAGGUAACACAAUAUGCCGACUUAGAUGAAUUUUUGUCGGAGAACAACAUACCUGAUGGCCUGCCUGGCCCCCAUUUGGGCCAUUCGGGCGGUCUGGGCCAUCGUUCGGAUUCGCUGGGACACGCAGCCGGUCUGUCGCUUGGUCUCGGGCAUAUAACAACAAAACGUGAACGCUCGCCAUCGCCAUCGGAUUGCAUCAGUCCCGAUACGCUUAAUCCGCCAUCGCCGGCCGAGUCAACAUUUUCAUUUGCAUCGUCGGGGCGUGACUUCGAUCCGCGCACCAGAGCAUUCUCCGAUGAAGAGCUCAAACCGCAGCCGAUGAUUAAAAAGUCACGCAAACAAUUUGUUCCAGAUGAGCUCAAGGACGAUAAGUACUGGGCCCGUCGACGAAAGAACAACAUUGCGGCGAAACGAUCGCGGGACGCCCGUCGCCAAAAGGAGAAUCAAAUUGCGAUGCGUGCACGCUAUUUGGAGAAGGAAAACGCAACAUUACAUCAGGAGGUGGAGCAGCUGAAACAGGAGAACAUGGACUUGCGUGCGCGUCUAUCCAAAUUCCAGGAUGUGUAAUGAAAAUGUGACGUAGGCAGACACCACAACUUGGCGACACCACAACAAUUAAAUAAUUAAAAUAAAUAAUACUAAUGAUAAUAAUAAUAAUUUUUAGUAAACAGACAUGAAAGUACACUAUAAAUACAAUACAUACAUAUAUAUACGAGUAUAUAUUAAAAAAUAAAGCUAAUAUAUAUACAUAUAUAUAAACAUAUAGACAUAUAUGUUAUAUGCAUACAGUAAGCAACAAAUACACACAUGCAAGAGGAAGCAAAACCUUUGUAAGCCGCAGCGGCGAAAAUACAAAUACAAACGCAAACACAAACACACACACACACACACACAUACAUAUAAAUAUAAAUAUAUUUAUUUUAAACUUAAAAGGUAAAGCUAAAUGCAAAUUAACUAAACAUUUAUAUUACAUUUUAGCGUAGCGAGCAAGAGAAAAACUAAGCUAACUAAAUGGGCUAAAUGUGUGUGUCACCCAGCACCCUCACUUAAAGGCUAAAAACUAAACAAAAAACUAAAGAAAAAAAAACAGAAAAAAAUUGUUACUUCGGACUACGACUAAUGUUCAACUAAACACUAGAAACGAAACUAACAGAACACUGAGGGUGGGGCCGCAGAUCCCUCCCUCAGAAACCCUAAACUAUUUAGGCCUUCAAGAAAAGAAAAAAAGAGAAAGAAAAAACCAUAGCAUACUUCUGUGCGCAGCCUUUUUCAUUACUAAACUGAAGAAAAAUGAGAAAAUUGUUAAUUUAGUUGAUGAUGGGCAGGAAUGGAAAGGAAACCUCGAUAACAAAAUAUUUUUGAAUAGUUGUUAAUUUUUACAAAGCAUGUUUUGUUGUUAGUUUUUAGCAAAUAGCGUACAUAAUAUACUAUAUAUACACACUACAUAUAUAUACAAAGUAUAUUUAACACUUCUUGAUUGCUUUGGCUAAUUGAUUUGUUUUAUUAUUAUUAUUAUUAUUAUGAUUAUUAUUACGUAUACAAUUACGUUUAACGGUUCGAUCAUCUUGGAAACAUUUUGCUUGGUUCUCGUUAAGUUUUGUUUAAUUAGUGAAUUUUUGCACACACACACACACACAAACACAAGCAUAUGUAAAUAAUUUUGUUGCCUCUUUCAGUAACUAAACAAAAAAGAAAACACAAAAAAAAGAAAACAAAAAAGCAAGAAGUUAGAAAUGAGCAAAGAGAACUUCCCUCCUCAGUUGCCUGCCCCCGCUGCAGGCAGCUGUUAGUUUAUUAAGCGAGCUAUGAUUUUUUAUACACUAUAAAAAAGAGAAAAGGAAAUGGAAAGGAAAGGAAAUGAGCUAUUGGUUAACUAAUAGUUUUUGUUAUUUGUUGUUAGCUGAAGGAAGAGAAAACAUUUGAGCAGCACCUACCGCUUUACUUAGUCAGCCCCCACAACUAACCUCCUCACAUGUUUAUUUUCACUCUGCCACUUUGAAUUUUGUUUUUCAAUCAAUUAACUAUUAUUCGUACUAUUAUUAUUAUUAUUUUUGUAAUAACUAUUACUUUUUAUUUGGUGUGAUUUGCAAGAUCUUAAAGCGUAAUGAAAACAAUUUAACAUAAAUAUACAAUACAAUUACAAUUA